AUGACCAUGGGCGACAAGAAGAGCCCGACCAGGCCGAAAAGACAAGCGAAGCCCGCGGCGGACGAAGGCUUUUGGGAUUGUAGCGUCUGCACCUUCAGGAACAGCGCGGAAGCCUUCAAGUGCAGCAUCUGUGACGUGAGGAAAGGCACCUCCACCAGGAAACCUCGAAUCAAUUCUCAGCUGGUGGCACAACAGGUGGCACAGCAGUAUGCCACCCCACCACCCCCGAAGAAGGAGAAGAAGGAGAAAGUUGAAAAGCAAGACAAAGAGAAACCCGAGAAAGAUAAGGAGAUCAGUCCCAGUGUUACCAAGAAAAACACCAACAAGAAAGCAAAACCAAAGUCCGAUGUCCUGAAAGACCCCCCGAGUGAAGCAAACAGCAUACAGUCUGCAAAUGCUACAACCAAGACCAGCGAGUCAAACCACACCUCCAGGCCCCGGCUGAAAAACGUGGACAGGAGCACCGCACAGCAGCUGGCAGUGACUGUGGGUAACGUGACCGUCAUCAUCACAGACUUUAAGGAAAAGACUCGCUCCUCCUCCACGUCCUCCUCCACAGUGACCUCCAGCGCAGGCUCCGAACAGCAGCACCAGAGCAGCUCGGGCUCGGAGAGCACAGACAAGGGCUCCUCCCGCUCCUCCACGCCCAAGGGCGACCUGUCCGCAGUGAACGACGAGUCUUUCUGA